GUCAAGUCAGCGUGACAAAGAGACAAUGAGAGAAUGAGCUCCUUUUUAGAUUACUCUGUCAUCAGUGGAGAAAAUGGGACUUGUUCCACUCGGGCUUAUAACGCAGAUAAUGGAAUUACAACUUUUCAGUCCUGCGCUGUCACGGCUAAUAACUGCAGUAGUGAAGACCGGUUUAUAGUUAACAGGGGUACCCAGGGUGGCCAUCCUCCGCAUCAUCACCAUCAUCACCAUCACCAUCACCAUCAUCACCAAUCUGGAUCUUACCAACAUCACAAUGGUCUUGGUAUCUCCUAUGCCACUCAUCCAAAUUGUGCCACAAGUUAUGGCACCCAGAGCUUCUGCUCAAGUUACAAUCAUUAUACACUUAAUCAGGAAGUGGAAUCCAAUGCAGUGUACAACCAGUGUUACUCUGGAAACCUUUCACCAAUAGUUCAGCAUCAUCAAAAUUACAGUGGAACAGCACUGGGUGCUGUUCAGUAUUCACACUCCGCCUAUAUACCGGAGCAACAAAAUUUGGCAUUCUCUGGCUUUAAUAACAGUAUAUCGCCCAUGCAAGUUACUCGUCAGGAGUCCUGCUGCUCUCCAUUAUCCGAGGCCCCAACCCCUACCCAGACUUUUGACUGGAUGAAAGUUAAAAGAAAUCCACCCAAAACAGGAAAAGUUGGUGAAUAUGGUUUUGCAGGUCAACCCAACACAGUAAGGACAAAUUUUAGCACUAAGCAACUAACAGAAUUAGAAAAGGAGUUCCACUUUAACAAAUACUUGACAAGAGCUAGACGAGUAGAAAUAGCUGCUGCUUUGCAACUCAACGAGACCCAGGUAAAAAUUUGGUUUCAGAAUCGAAGAAUGAAGCAGAAGAAACGUGAAAAGGAAGGUUUGCUACAAGUAUCCCUUUCUUCUACCACAGAAAAUGACGAAAAAGCAGAGGAGAUUUCAGAAAAGUCAAUUUCGACCCCUUCAACGCCUUCGCCUGCACUAUCCACUGGAGAAACACCUGUAAAAUCUGUUUAGAGGGUCUUCCAAGUCUAGACGAGCAUUG